GUCUCUACAGAUCAAUGCACAACCGCACAACUACAGGCGCAAAGCCAGCGAUAGCGUAAAACGCUGGCGUUGGUGUAGACGGCAAUCCCAAAGAGAAGUUAAAAAAAUAGAUUUGUGUACAGAAGUACGUGCAUGGAAGGAGUGAUUAAUUAUAUUAAAUGAAGUGAAGAAUUUCUACAUUCUUUACCAAGUGUAUCGUGUAUAGCGUAAUGUUAGCAUAAGUGGAAAAAGUGUUUCGUGUUGUAUGAAGCUCAACCAUCAACAUCAAUCAAUAUUAAUCAUCUUUAUUGGCAAUAUUAGUCAUCUCUGCUUUUGACGCAGCAUCACUACCAACGCCAUGGCUCAGGAAAAGAUAACGCUAGCGGAUGCACUGUCCAACGUCGAGGUGCUGGAUGAGCUUCCCCUGCCCGACGAGCAGCCAUGCAUCGAAGCGCAGCCCUGCUCGGUGGUGUAUCAAGCCAACUUCGAUACAAACUUCGAAGAUCGGAACGGUUUUGUGACGGGAAUCGCUAAAUACAUCGAGGAAGCGACCACUCAUGCAAAUCUGAAUCAACUGCUCGACGAGGGCCAGAAGCAUGCGGUGAUGCUUUACACCUGGCGUUGCUGUUCGCGAGCCAUACCGCAACCGAAAUCGAACGAACAGCCAAACCGGGUGGAAAUCUACGAGAAAACAGUGGAAGUGCUCAGCCCGGAAGUGAACAAACUGCUAAACUUCAUGUACUUUCAACGCAAAGCGAUAGAAGCAUUUUCCGGCGAGGUGAAACGAUUAUGCCAUGCGGAAAAGCGUAAAGAUUUCGUAUCGGAAGCGUAUCUGCUGACGCUCGGGAAGUUUAUCAACAUGUUUGCCGUGCUGGACGAGUUGAAGAAUAUGAAGUCGAGCGUGAAGAACGAUUACAGUACGUACCGUCGGGCGGCCCAGUUUCUGAAGGUCAUGACGGACUCGCACAGUUUGCAGGAGUCACAAAAUUUGUCCAUGUUUCUUGCGACGCAGAAUAAAAUACGCGACACGGUAAAGGAUACGCUCGAGAAGAUACCGGGCUAUGAGGAUUUACUGUCGGAGGUGGUAAAUAUCUGCGUCCAUAUGUACGACUCGAAGAUGUACAUGACGCCGGAAGAGAAGCACAUGCUGGUGAAGGUGAUGGGUUUUGGGUUGUUUUUGAUGGAUUCGGAAAUUUGCAACAUUAACAAGCUGGACCAGAAGAAGAAGCUGCGGCUGGAUCGGAUUGAUCGUAUAUUUAAAAAUUUGGAGGUGGUACCGUUGUUUGGCGAUAUGCAGAUUGCACCGUUUAACUAUAUUAAGCGUAGCAAACACUUUGAUCCAAGCAAAUGGCCGCUGUCGAGCUCGACCGCUAUUAGCCCGCAGGCCGAUUUGAUGGUGCAUCUGCCAACGAUCCGGGAAGACCAUGUGAAGUACAUUUCGGAGCUGUCCCGGUACAGCAACGAGGUAACGACCACGUACAAGGACAAUGCGACGGAUGCGGAAAAUAAAUCUACCGCCGAUUUGGCGUUGCGCGGUUUGCAGCUACUGUCCGAAUGGACGUCCGUUGUGACGGAGCUGUACUCGUGGAAGUUGCUGCACCCGACCGACCACCACCAGAACAAGGAAUGUCCGGCCGAGGCGGAAGAGUACGAACGGGCGACACGUUACAACUAUUCCGAGGAUGAAAAGUUUGCCCUGAUUGAGGUGAUUGCAAUGAUCAAGGGACUACAGGUGCUCAUGGCACGCAUUGAAACGGUCCUGUGCGAAGCGAUACGGCGCAGCAUCUAUGCCGAGCUGCAGGACUUUGUGCAGCUGGUGUUGCGCGAACCGCUCCGGAAGGCGGUGAAGAACAAGAAAGAUUUGAUACGAUCGAUCGUAAUGUCCGUGCGGGAAACGUGUGCCGACUGGCAGAAGGGAACAGAACCGUCCCAGGAUCCCGCCCUAAAGGGCAAAAAGGAUCCGGACAGUGGUUUCCCGAUCAAUGUGCCCCGGCUGAAUGUGGGCCCAUCCUCCACCCAGCUGUACAUGGUACGCACGAUGCUGGAAUCGUUAAUAGCGGACAAGUCCGGUGGUAAGCGUACGCUCCGGAAGGACAUUGACGGGUCCUGUCUGUCCCAGAUCGAUGCAUUCCACAAGGCAUCGUUUUACUGGACGUAUUUGCUUAGCUUCAGUGAAACGCUGCAGAAGUGUUGCGAUCUGUCGCAGCUGUGGUAUCGGGAGUUUUAUCUCGAAAUGACGAUGGGCAGAAAAGUGAAUAAAUGCACGGUUCGCCAUCAGCACAACGAAGAGUGUAGCGAUCUGAUUACGAUGGAAAAGCGCAUCCAGUUUCCGAUCGAGAUGUCAAUGCCGUGGAUACUGACGGAUCAUAUACUGCGCACCAAGGAACCGUCGAUGAUGGAGUACGUGCUGUAUCCGCUCGAUCUGUACAACGAUUCGGCGCUGUACGCGCUCACCAUCUUCCGGAAGCAGUUCCUGUACGACGAGGUAGAGGCGGAGGUGAACCUGUGCUUCGACCAGUUCGUGUACAAGCUCAGCGAGCAGGUGUUUGCCCAUUAUAAGCAGUUGGCGGGUAGUAUCUAUCUCGACAAGCGUUUCCGCGUCGAGUGUGAAGUGCUCGGGUUUAACUUUCAAUCGUACCCGCGCAACAAUCGGUACGAAACGUUGCUGAAGCAGCGGCACGUUCAGCUGCUCGGUCGUUCGAUCGAUCUGAACAAGUUGAUUACGCAGCGCAUCAAUGCCGAUAUGCAGAAGAGCCUGGAGCUGGCAAUCUGUCGGUUUGAGGCAAGCGAUAUAACCGGUGUGGUUGAGCUGGAAGCAUUACUGUCGGUGAACAAACUUUGUCACAAGCUGCUGUCGAAAUGGUUAGCACUGGAUGAUUUCGAUGCGAUGCUGAAGGAAGCGAAUCAUAACGUGCUUGCACCGUACGGGCGUAUUACGCUGCAUGUGUUCGUCGAGCUGAACUACGAUUUUCUCGCCAACUAUUGCUACAAUGCGGCAACGAACCGGUUCGUACGGAACAAGCUGCAGAUUGCCUUUUCCGGACCGAUCACGCGCGAUAAGGCACCGGUCAUGUCGCACUAUUAUCUGUGGGGCUCGAAACCAUUGAAUGCGGCCUACUCGACGCAGUACAGCCAGUACGGUGGGUUUGUCGGUGCGCCCCAUUUCCAUGCGAUUUGUCGCCUGCUCGGGUACCAGGGCAUAGCGGUCGUGAUGGAGAUCAUACUGAAGGAUAUUGUGAAACCGCUCGUACAGGGCAAUCUACUACAGUUCACCAAAACGCUCAUGUCGGCAAUGCCGAAAUGCUGCAAGCUGCCGCUGUGCGAUUACGGUUCGCCCGGUGUGCUAAGCUACUAUCAGGCACAUCUGGUCGAUAUCGUGCAGUACCCGGAUGCGAAAACGGAACUGUUCCAAUCGUUCCGCGAGAUGGGCAAUUCGUUGCUGUUCUGUUUGCUGAUCGAGCAGGCACUGUCGCAGGAGGAGGUGUGUGAUCUGCUGCAUGCCGCACCGUUCCAGAAUAUACUGCCGAGACCGUUCUGCAAGGAUGGUGAGAAGCCGGAAAGCAAACAGAAGCGACUCGAGGCGAAGUAUGCCUCGCUGCAGAUCGUGCCGAAUGUGGAAAAGUUGGGCACGGCCAAGCAAGCCAUGAUUGCACGCGAAGGUGAUUUGCUGACGCGCGAACGUUUAUGCUGCGGGUUAAGCAUUUUCGAGGUAAUCCUCGGCCGCGUUAAAUCAUUUCUGGACGAUCCGAUCUGGAUGGGUCCGCCACCAAUAAACGGUGUGAUGAACAUUGACGAAUGUUCGGAAUUUCAUCGGCUCUGGUCAGCUUUACAGUUUGUCUACUGCAUACCGGUCGCAGGCACGGAAUAUAUGGUCGAAGAAUUAUUUGGCGAAGGUCUUCACUGGGCCGGUUGCACUAUUAUCGUGCUGCUGAACCAGCAGCGCAAGUUUGAAGCACUGGACUUUUGCUAUCACAUUCUACGCGUGCAACGCGUCGACGGCAAGGAUGACACGGUGAAGGGUAUUAAUCUAAAGCGCAUGGUCGAUCGCAUCCGUCGCUUCCAAGUGCUGAACUCGCAGAUCUUUGCCGUGCUGAACAAAUAUUUGAAAAGCAACGAUAUCGAAGGAUCGAACGUCGAGCACGUUAGAUGUUUUCCGCCACCGCCACACCCGAGCGUGGCACCAUCACACUAUCACGAUCCGAACAAACUUCGAACGCAGUAAAACUAGUGCGCUUCUUACCUCACCCGGAAGCUUAGAUGUGGAAAAGUUUUUUUUAACAAAAAAAAAACACACAUACACACACACACACAUUAUUUAGGCAAAAUUAUUGUGUUUUGCUGUUUCGGGUUGUGUUAAGCAUUUCAUAAAGGAUUUUGCUACACGCAAUCCUUUAUGGGUUUUUUUUGUGGUGGACUUUUCGUCAACUGAGCUUGCAUGUUAUUUUUUUUCUGUGCUAAUUUAAUAUUUCAUUCUUGCUCUGUGUUCCGAUACAGCAAGGCCUAGGCUAAUGCGAUUGUUUAUAUGUGUUUGUAGCGAUUGUGGCGCGCAAAGGUUUAUAUUUAUAUACAUCUCUACACUUUUACGUAUAAUUAUACACACACACACAAAUUUUACAUUUAUAUAUACACCCUUUACAAUCGUGCGUGUAUGCUUUUUUUUUUUGCUGUCCGGUUUCGUUUGUGUACCGAUUGUGCAGAUUUGGUUUACACAUUACACCGUGGACGCAUCGUACCGAUUGUGAAUCACAACAGCUGAACAGUACGCUAAAUAAUCGAUUUUGUUUUCGUUAAAGUAAGGCUAUCAACUAUUAGGUAAUCGUAUCAAUCAUGCUUAUCAAACCGUGUAAUGAAACGAUACAACUUUCGUCCGUUUCAAUAUGGUUUACAAAUACCAGGCAAUACUAUGGGAAUUAAAAAAAAUAUAGACGAUAUAGGCAAAAACGGGGGGCACUAUUAUCGUUUAUUAGCCUAGCGGUGUCAAGGCGCUUCCAUUCAGCGAAAAUAGGCAAAUUUUCAUUCUUACUGGAUUUAUAAUGAUUCACCUUUAUUGGCCUACUAUCAAGUGCGAGCAGAAAGUAAUGAUGAAUGUACCCAGGUAUCAAACGACGUAAAUACAAAUUAUUAAUAUUCAUUAGAAGAAAA